AUGAUUCCAAAAAUUUUAACAGCCACACUUAGAAAAGAUACAUUUUUACAAUUUGAUUAUGGACCUGGUGACAACAGAUUAGUUAUAUUUGCAUCUGUUGCACAAUUAAAACUACUCGAAGAUACUGAAGAAAUCUUAAUAGAUGGUACUUUUAAAGUAACACCUUUAAUAUUCGCACAGUUAUAUACAACUCAUGGUGUGUAUCGAAAUGAUGUAUUUCCAUUGAUUUUUGCAUUACUUCCUGAUGAACAACAGCAAUCGUACAAAAGAUUAAUUAAAGAAUUAUGUCAUUUAUGUCCUGCGUGGUUCCCUAAGUCCAGUAUGGUGGACUUCGAAAAAUGGGCUAUAAGUGCAUUUGAAGAAGAAAUUAAUACCAUAACAAAUUCUGUGAAAAUAUCGGGAUGUUUCUUUGAUUUACAAAGGAGUAUCUUGGGAAAAGUUCAAGUGAGCAAUGCUUUUACACAACUUCGCUAA